AUGAGGUGCCACAGCCACCAUCUGUAUGAGAACGCCAACGACAUGGUGCUCAACUUGUGCACCUGCGAUUCUGGAUGGACCUCCUUGUUGUUCAAGAACCUGACCAUUAGUUACUGUGUCGUGUGGAAGGACGUGAUUUACGACUCGCGCUUUGAUGAAGUCUACGAUUGCGUGCCAACGUCCACUAUCCCUUAUGAUAAAUUUUUCCCGGCUGGUCGAUGGGCGUGUUAUGACAAAUACCCGAAGUAUACUUUGACGGCACCACAGGGACCACAACUUCUCUUUCAUUUCCUACCUCCGAAGUGGUGUGAAGGUAGAUGGCGGGUCAGAACGCAGAUCUGCAAUUGUGAUAAGACUAUGGAUAAACCGCUCCCUGAAGUCUGUCAGGCUGAUGAACGUGAGAUGAUCAGUCCAGUAUUCGUCGCGCACGCGCGGCCUGAAUCUGCUAUCUCCACCAGGGCUCCACCUUCGGUGGGGUUCG